AUGCCGGCAUUGGAAGUAGUGGAAGGUCAUUCGCGCACUGAGGAGUUGGGUUCUGUGAAGGGGGCAAGAACGUCACCUGGUCAUGUCAGCCAUAAUGCUCAUGUAGGGCUUCGUCUUCCUACCCAACUCAAGGCUCGUCCUCAGCACGCCCAACAUGUGCAUGGAAAAGGAUUACCGGAUCAUUUUUCGACAGCCUCUAUCUGCGGGAACCUCGUGGGAGCUGCUGCGGAGCAUCCAGAAGAACUUUCUCCGCAGUCUGCACUCCAGAAAAAAACGCCCUCUGGCCUGAAUGGCCAUUGUCACACUGAAGAAGAUGGACCAUCUGGUGUCAGUGGUCCUAACAAACAGUUGCAUCUAAGCAGUACGCCAGUGGCUCGUCGUUCUGCACCGUCCAACGAAUCAACCCACGAUGAGGCCGCAGCGGGCUUGCAAGUUAGACCAGAAAAACAGCUCAGUGAAGUCCAGCAGACUAAUCAUAUGAAGUGGAUGCGUGACAACGUCGCGCAAAGUAUGGAAGCUGCACCUGAGAGGACGCUCUCCAUAUUUAGUCAAGAGGAGCUCCUCGAGGGAGCUGAGAAACACCUCGACGUGGCGGGUAAUGCAGUAGCAGCACAUGGCACUCGUGGGCAAGAUAUGGAAAAACAGAAAGAUGCUGGACAAUCUAGCCCUGCGACAGCCAAUCCAGAAAUGCGAAUCCUGCGCUCUAAGACGGUGACGGGCCCUGUUCUCAAUAUAUCUCGAGUUUCAAGGGAUAUCCCCCUUAGACGAGAGACUACGCUUGUUCAGUGGAACCAGCACAAGAGUGUCUCACCGUCUGUAGAUUCUUCCAGAGGCCGGCGGAAAACGGGCACCCCCGUUGGUUGUCAGUCUGUCCGACGAACUCAGAGUGAUGUUCGCGGACUCUGUUCUGCGGCCGUAAAUGCUCCGACGUCGUUUAGGACAGCUUCCGAAAUAUUGACGGAAGACUUGUAUGCAUCAGUCGCAGUUCAAUGGAGAGGAAUAUCAGCAUCUCGCCGGUCCCCCCAGCGACUUAAGGAACAUCUCGUCACCAGAAACACCCCGGAAAACCAUCUUCCAAGUGAUCCAGUUUCUGCUGCUUCCCUUUCUCGUAGCGAAGAAGGGGCAAAUCAGAUCUCUGCAAAUGUCAAGCAUAUUCGGCUACAAAUUAGACAGGCAAAGCAAGCAGCGUCCAACAAAAAGUCGAAAUGUUACGCGGCUACCGCGAGUGACCACGUGAAGAACAGUUUAGGCAAUACGCAGGAAAAUACCUUCAUAUUAUUUUCAAGUGGCUGUCGCAGUAGGUAUCAGGGGCAGGCCUGUCAAGUUGAAAUGAGUUCUAGCACAGAGCAGGGAGUCUCUGCCAAGCAACUAUCCACGAUGGGGCCUGAACCAAAGGGGAGUAUCUGCGCAGAGAGAAUUAGAGGCUUUCAAAGUUGUGCCAACCAAACGACGAAUAGCGCACACAGAAACUAUGAAAAGCUUCACAAAGAACACCUGUCCUUCAGCAGCCAGCUGCACAAGAGGUUGAAUCGCAGGCCAACAGCAAGGCGGUUGAGACAAGGCAAAUAUGGUGGAACAGCUGUCGUUGAGAAAGCGGUGACAGGGGAUGGAGCUCUCAAAGAUAGCAGCUGCAACACAAUCAACUUCGAAUAUGGUGGGACAGCUGUCGUUGAGAAAGCGGCGACAGGGGAUGGAGCUUUCAAAGAGAGCAACUGCAACACAAUCAGCCUCGGAAGAUUAAGUACCGCUUCAACUACUGGCGUAUAUGAGGAGAAACGCAAUCCUCAAGAUAAAGCUACUGGGACGUACCGCGAAGCAGCGGAACAUACUCCAACAGUGCAGCAAUUGGAAAACUACCGCCCAACUUCCUCACCACAAAAGAUUUCUUUAAACAGCUUUCUAGCUCCAAAAAGCUUGGUUGAAGACAGCGUAGGAGAGCGUUGCGCAGCCCCGAAAGCAUGCGGUAAAUACCGCAACGAGGGGGCAGCCCAGAGCGGGACAACGUGCAAAGACCACCGCAUGGAAGUCAGCGUGCCUCCUUGUAACCCCCACACGCUCAACAGACGAGCUGCGUCCUGUAUAGAAUCCGGAUCACACGGUCUCCAGCAAGUUCAGCCCAAUGGCAGCCAGCUUAGGAGCUCUCCUCAGCGGGUUUCGAGGUCUCUGUCAUGGAGUGCGCGGGGUGCAGAAAACGCGCAGACGACAGUAGUGCCACUUAGGCAACCUGGACAAGUAAAGCUGAGAACUCGUCUAAAUGCAACUUGCUCCCAGUGUGCGGACACACAAAGCACAGAAGGUGCAGUUAAUGAACAACCACAGGGUAGCCGCCGGAGGCUGUCACUGGGAUAUCCAUCCCGCAACACGGAAGCGACGCCCGUGAUCCACUCUCUGGGGUCCCCAACGGAGCUGAGCGCUGGAACGUCCAUUGAUUCUACGAUUGGAGCAGUGCGUGCCACUUCGAUGCGUGUUGAUCUGGGAAGGCCUCAUGACGAGCCGAAUGUGUUACCUGUUUCCCAAGGAGAACUCUGGACCGAAGGGCACUCAAAACGAAAAAGGCUGAUGGAUGCAAUCUCUCCCGCCAGCAGCCAUAUUCCUCAGACCCAGCUUAGGCAAACCAGCGGAACAAACAUUCCUCCACAGUUGCUUCUAGAUUCGCGGCUUAUAGGGGAUGGGUCAACAGCGCCCCUCCUACGCGAACCUGGCGCAGAAGCCGGUGUAGGCCCCCACACGGUACCUCUGAGACUUGAGAUGGCAAUUCAAGGCCACUUUACCCAAGCGAGCACCAGGGAUGAAGCUGUAAAUGCUUCGAAUGGCAUUCGCGCUGUGCCCCACUUCCUGAAGCCACACAUUGUUAACCAUCCACAGGCAAUGCUGCUUACUGGGGGCGGAGGACAGACGACACUCAGCCCCAACGGUCGUCCUUCAGGGCACCCCGUCAUACAGCCCGUGGGGCUCUCUCAAAGCUGUUUUUGGGUUGCUCCUGGCUCUGUCCUGCUAUCGCAUCUGGACGGCUGGAGUGGAUACACUGAUGGGAAACCUCUCCAAACGGGUAGUGGCUCUAGAUAUCUCGACGGUGGGAUUUUACACUUUGGGAGCAUCCAUGUCAGUGACACGACUUUGCGAACUCAUUGCUGUACAAGCCAGGCGGGAGCAGUUGUUAAUGCACAGCAUUUAGGUGGAGGCGCAUCAAACUGUGCCGACGAAAAUCCAUUUCUGGAACGCCAAUCUGGGUCGCAAAAAGAAUUUUCUGCUCUCACUUCCGUUGUUGGGCCGUAUCCAGCUUUUCCAGCACCGGUGCAUACUCAAGGUAUCAGCCAGGAACAUACGCAGAAAGAUAAUUACUGCCAAGUUUCUGAUGACUCAGGGCUUAACGCUGCCAACUCUGGCAGCAUACCACAUGGGCAAGCUGCCGCAGGGGUUCCAGCUAGCGGGGUUGCGAGCGUCCCAGAGCCGUUGAGGAGAGAUGAAGCUCAUUCUCUGAAUUCAGUUGCCUGCGUCCAUCGAUGCAGCGGGGUAAUGUGCUACUGUUCGGGUAUGCGGCAUGAGCACACCUUCUGCCACACUCCAGUGCUCUGCAAUCAUCAGAUGAGGGAAACAGUGCAGCCGGCGCAUUACCGGGGGACGUUGUUCCGCCGCUGCUACCUCCCGCGUGCCUUGCAGCUGAAGGAGGAAGCGUUGAAGUGGAGAAUACAUAGUCGGCGAAAGCAAGUGCAGCUGCUUAACAAGCAGAUUACAAUUCAGCAGCAGCAGCUAAAACAAGCGCUGCAACUUCAGCAAACACAUUUUCAACAAACCCUGAACCAGGCGAGCUUCUUGGGCAGCCGCCUCAACAACGAUCGUACUUUCAAAAAGAACCGUUUUAGGCGGAGUAUACGCCAACGCAGCUUGAGUCACAGAAAGGCAAAUGCACUUUGUAGUCAAGAAGGGCCUACCGCCCUUCUGGAGGCUGCAGCAGCAGCAACUGCAGCAGCUCUAGCCGUUGUCGGCGUAUGUGAGCAGCGAGCACACAAGCUAAUUGCCGGUUCCCAAACCUCUGUCCCCCCUAUAGGCGACUCAGCACAAGGGUUGGGUAGCUCCUCACAGCGUGAAGGUUCCGCUGGUGUCACAACUGGUGGAUCUUCUGGCUUACAACAACAGCUUCUGAUCACAAAGCUGCCGGAAGAGGCACAGCAAGAUAUCCCAGGAAUAUCACCUACACCCCGCGUGAAUGGAGAACUUGCGCAGCUUCCCCAAGACGAUGUACUUCUUCGGUCACGAGGGUCAAAUAUGUUGAUUGCGAAGGAACUCCAACGGUGUCUCGCAUCUUUUCAAGAAGCCGAUGACUCAUUCACCCGCCCGUCACAGGACUUAACGCACAAGAGGGGGAAUACGUUGCAGCUGCAGCUGGCCCUGCCACAAAGAUCACAACCGGAUCCUACUGAAAAGCUACAAAUUGGUCAGCCUGACUUAGGGGGACCAAUGCUACCACGAGCUGCAUCGGAACCAACGUGCCCUAAGCUUGCAAUUGGGCUAGAGCUCUCGUUUCCCUCACCAGGCAUGUUUUCAAGGGGAACCAUCGAUGACAAGGGAUCAUAUUCACGGGUGGAGGUGACUCUUGCACCAAGCCUGCCCAAUAUUCGGAGCUCUCCUGUACAAACACUUCAGACCACGACAAACGCUUCACCUAAUUGGGAAGGUAGCUCUGGAGAACGGAAAACCGAGCCAUCAGAUUUCCUGCCCGAUGUGGAAGGUUCCCGGAAGCGCAACGGUAUGCCGAUGACAAACCCUUUGAUUGCAAGCUGUCGAAGCUUGAGUGGAGGCCGCAGGAUCUCACGCGUUGUUUCCCGUAACAGCAGUAGAGUGAUUCGAAGCAGCAGCAGCGGGAAGCGAGGAAAUAUCCAUGCCAAUGCUUGUAGCAACAAAACAGGGGAUAUCCCGGUAGUGAAAGGUCUGCAUGGCACACCAGGGCGGUAUCGAUGCAAUGCCGUCCCUAUGGCGUAUCACCGGGACCCGAGCAUCUCAAUCUUCAGUCAGCUUCUAUAA